AUGAGAAAAAAUUAUAAUUAAAAAUUAAAUGAAAUUAGUGAUAAGUUAAUUUCAGAAUAAUUCUAAUCAAUUCAUAAAAAUAAAAAAUCUAAUCAAGUAAAGAGGAUUUCAAUAUAGGCUUUAGAGGAUGAAUAAUUAUUAAUAGAUUUAAGAUCAUUAAUUGAAAAAGAAAGUGUAAGUUAAAGUUAAGAGAUAACAAGCUUAAAAAAUAAAGAUUCAAUUUUCCAGAAAGAAAUUGAAAAUCAUCUAGAAUCGUUAAAAUAAUAUGAUUAAUUAGAUAUACAAUAAUCAAUAGAUAUCCUUAAACAAAUAACAAGUAUUAAUAUAUAUCUAUACAAAUUUAUUAGCAAAGAACAAUUUAAUUUUAUAAUUAUCAGAUAUAGUCUCUUAAAUUUCUAAAUGUACAUAAACAAAAGAUGAAAAUAGUCAAAAUUAGAUUCAAUUUAUUAAAGAUAUCUAGGAAUUAAUUGAUUAGGCUAAAAAAUAUUAAUGUUAAAUAAACUUAUUUGAUUAGACUAUCACUUUGUUUUAAUAACAUACUAAUAAAAUUGAAUAAAUUUAAUAACAAAUUAUCAAUUAAACUAAGGAUUAGGUUAAUGAUUAAUAUUAAAAUCUAUAGAAAUUAUUGAAUCACUAUAUUAAUUCUAUUGAUAAUAAAAGUAAAUAGAUCAAGAAAUAUUGUAAUAUUCAAAAAUUGGAAGGAGAUUUACUAAAAUUGACAGAAAUGAAUAAAAAUUUAGAAAUUGAAAGUAAUUAAUUAUACACAUUAAUAAAUAGAAAUUAAUUUAUUCAAUCAAAUGUCUCAGUAAUUAGAUGAAAAACAGUAGGAAUAUUAAAAAAUAUUAAAGGAAUAAUA